AUGAUCAGUGAUGAUAGCGAGCCCGAAGACGUCAUCACGAUCAGUGAUGAUAGCGAGUCCGAAGACGUCAUCACGAUCAGUGAUGAUAGCGAGUCCGAAGACGUCAUCACGAUCAGUGAUGAUAGCGAGUCCGAAGACGUCAUCACGAUCAGUGAUGAUAGCGAGUCCGAAGACGUCAUCACGAUCAGUGAUGAUAGCGAGUCCGAAGACGUCAUCACGAUCAGUGAUGAUAGCGAGUCCGAUGACUCCGACCUUGAGUCAGAGUUUGGUGACCAUACGGGUGUUGUCAACGGUGACCGCAAGGCCGAUCACCAGGAUGAAAACAAAGGCUACAGCUCCCAGCGCUUUCCAUGGUAA